AUGGCGUCGGGCGGCGGUGCGAGGCUCAAGUACAGGAUCGUCAAAUGCACUUCCGAGGAGCCCGACUAUCCUGUUACAGAGCUGCUCUCCCAUUCGCAGCAGACGAAGGGAUGGCAGACAGCGCGCUUCUGCGAGUUUCCCCAGGAGGUCUGCCUCCAGUUCGACACCGCCGUCCAUCUUCGGCAGGUCCAGUUCCUCUCUCAUCAAAGCAAGAUUGCUACGAAGAUUGAGCUCUUCACUGGCAUGGCUCCGACCUCCGGCCCUGCAGCUGUCGAGGCUGUGCAGUUCAAGCGCCUGGGGUAUUUGUCCCUGGACAGCAACGAGCGCUCCCAGUUCCAGGCGCGAGAGCUGAAAAGUGUCUAUGUGGACGUGACGGCACAGUUCCUGAGAAUCCUCUUUCACAAGUGCCACAUCAACCGCUACAAUGCACUGAACCAGGUAGGGCUCAUCGCCCUCAGCUGCCUGGGGGAGGUUGUGACUCCGGCUGAGAUGCCCCAAGCCCAAGUUGCCAGCCUUGCCAGCCCUGCUGCCCAGAAAGCCAGUGCUGCGGUCCCGGCACCCCCGAAGGUGCCCGUGCCGGAUACCAAGCAGUCACCAGCGGUGGUACCGCCUGCUGCCGUGCCACAAGCGCCGCCACCUGAAGUGGAACCGCCACCACCGGUGACUCCAACUCCAAGACAGCAGCCCGCUGUUUCGAAGGUCGUGAGCGACUUGGCCGACCUGGACGAGGCCAAGUACGAUGCGAAGACUCUGGAACGGCUGAGGAAUUUGGUGUUGGAGAAGCAGCAGUGCGUGGAAACGGAGGACUAUGGAGGGGCCAAACGCUGCAAGGAUGCGAUCGCCAUGCUCAAGCAGAAAGGCCUGCAGAUCUGUGAGCUCGAGGAGCAGAAGCGAACUGCCGUGGAGAACGAGGAGUAUGACGCGGCCAAAUCUCUGAAAACAGAGAUUGACAGGCUGCGCGCAGAGUGUGAACGGGCUGGCGAGGAAAAGGACGAUCCGGUCGUGACCCCGCAGGUGACCACGGCCCCCGCUCAGCGCCGGUCGCCGCAGCCGCAGCAGCGAUCAGCGCCAUGCCAGGCGGCCACUGCCAGGACCUCGGCGGCAGCACAGGUGCCCCCGCCAGCCUCCGUGAGGGUGAGCCUCGAGAACUUUGAGGCGCCGUCCACAUCUGCAGCUCAACCCUCGCAAGGCCGGGGCAGUCGAAGUGGCUACCGAGCCGCUGUGGAGGAUGACGCCGAAACGGCUUCCUUCCCCGAUGAAAUACCGGCGACUCCCUCCGUUGGCAGCACUGCCAAGCCGUCUCCGUCAAACGCAGCAAAAGCAGGCGAUCGUGGUGCAGGCGACCGUGCCGCCGGUUUUCGUCCGGCGCCCAAUGGGACGCGUGCGAAUACCUCGGAAGAGUCCAUUCCGGCUGGGGUCCCGGGUGGCAAAAAGGAGUCAAAGCAUCCUCUUGGAGGCGUGCCGAACUUGGAGGACCUUGGGCAGCCGGAUCCUAUCCCGACGCACCUACAGGCGGAGGCGGAGCCGCUGUGCUCUGUCUUCGGGUCGUACAUCAUCCAAUGCGUGUUUUCGAAAUCCUGGAGUUUGCGAGAUGCAGCCCUGCAAAAGCUGGCGCUGCAGAUAACUCACACAGACAUUUUGAACAUGCAGGACACCGAUAGCUUGCUGAGCGCCUACGUUGCCAUCCUUGUUCGCACGAUACCGGAUAAGAACGUGCAGGUCUUCCACUCGAGCUCGCUGCUGCUCAAGGCGGUCUGCAGCGACCUCAUCGGCGGCGCGUCCUUCGGUCGGCCCCGCCAGGUUUCCCUGGAGCCUCUCCUGGUUCCCCUGGCAGAGCGGCUCGGCGAUGGGAACGCACGUGUGGAGAAGACAGCUCGGGAUGCCCACUGGGACAUUGCCAGAAGCGUCGGCGCAGCAUUCGCAGCCCAGCACCUACUGCGAGCUCCGAAGAAAAAGACAGUGCCACCACGGGUGUUCUCCUCGCGCCUGCAGCUCCUUGCUGCGCUGGUAUCUGAGUUCGGUGUCCAGCCGAAGAGCCGUGAUGGAAUUGCCUUGGAACCGGCCGCGCAGCUCGCGAUGGAGUGGUUCAGCAAUCCGGCAGCUGAAGUGCGGGAGAGCGCCGUCAAAUUGAUGGCGGCCUGCUACAGCCACGUCGGCCUUAGCCGCAUCGAGAUGUACCUUGCCCACCUCCGACAGGCGCAGAGAGAAGUCUUCGAUGCCGAGUUUCAGCGAGUGUCGCAUGCCAAGGCUCCAGCCCCUCCAUCUCGUCCAGCUCCGAUGUGCACGCCCGUGACCCUGACAAACGGCAAUCAUAGUGCCGAAGACGCUUCUGAUGCAGAGGAGUCUGAUGCAGAGAGCAUGGAAGAGUUCUUCUGCCAGUUCUGCGGCCGAGAGGAUCCCAACUUCACUCUGGCUGCAUUGGACAUCCACUACUGGCGGGAGUGUCCCAUGUUGACUGCCUGCAAACUGUGCGAGCAGGUGAUCGAGAUCUCGAGAAUGCACUGGCACUUAAUGGAGGAGUGUGAAGCUGGUGAAGCGGCGGUGGCGCAAGCUCGUCGCUUCAGUCCAGAGAGGUGCCCGCUUUGCUUCACCAGGGUCUGUCCCACGGGUUCUACUCCUGACGAGCGGGAUUGGCAGGAGCACCUGCUCGUGAUGGGCUGCCCUUCGAAUCCUCGUGGCCAAGUGCAUUGA